AGAGGCCUCCACAAUUCCCAGGGACCUGAAACACAGACAGAAGGAAAAACAGAAGGAGGGACAAGGAGGCAGGACUGAGAGAGGAGGGGACAGAGAGGUGUCCUGGGCCUGACCCCACCCAUGAGCCUGAGAAGUGCUCCUGCCCCGGGAAGAGGCUCAGCACAGAAGGAAGAAGGACAGCACAGCCUACAGCUGUGCUCAGGAAGUUUCUGGAUCCUAGGCUCAUCUCCACAGAGGAGAACACGCAGGCAGCAGAGACCAUGGGGCCCCUCUCAGCCCCUCACUGCACACAGCACAUCACCUGGAAGGGGCUCCUGCUCACAGCAUCACUUUUAAACUGCUGGAACCCGCCCACCACUGCCCAAGUCACGAUUGAAGCCCAGCCACCCAAAGUUUCUGCGGGGAAGGAUGUUCUUCUACUUGUCCACAAUUUGCCCCAGAAUCUUGCUGGCUACAUCUGGUACAAAGGGCAAAUAAUGGACCUCUACCAUUACAUUACAUCAUACGUAGUAGACGGUCAAACAAUUAUAUAUGGGCCUGCAUACAGUGGACGAGAAACAGUAUAUUCCAAUGCAUCCCUGCUGAUCCAGAAUGUCACCCGGGAGGACGCAGGAUCCUACACCUUACACAUCAUAAAGCGAGGUGAUAGGACUAGAGGAGUAACUGGAUAUUUCACCUUCACCUUAUACCUGGAGACUCCCAAGCCCUCCAUCUCCAGCAGCAACUUAAACCCCAAGGAGGCCAUAGAAGCUGUGAUCUUAACCUGUGAUCCUGAGACUCCGGACGCAAGCUACCUGUGGUGGAUGAAUGGUCAGAGCCUCCCAAUGACUCACAGGUUGCAGCUGUCUGAAACCAACAGGACCCUCUUUCUAUUUGGUGUCACAAAGGAUAUUGCAGGACCCUAUGAAUGUGAAAUACAGAACCCAGUGAGUGCCAGCCGCAGUGACCCAGUCACCCUGAAUCUCCUCCCGAAGCUGCCCAAGCCCUAUAUCACCAUCAACAACUUAAACCCCAGGGAGAAUAAGGAUGUCUUAGCCUUCACCUGUGAACCUAAGAGUGAGAACUACACCUACAUGUGGUGGCUAGAUGGUCAGAGCCUCCCGGUCAGUCCCAGGGUAAAGCGACCCAUUGAAAACAGGAUCCUCAUUCUACCCAGUGUCACGAGAAAUGAAACAGGACCCUAUGAAUGUGAAAUACGGGACCAAGAUGGUGGCAUGCGCAGUGACCCAGUCACCCUGAAUGUCCUCUAUGGUCCAGACCUCCCAAGAAUUUACCCUUCAUUCACCUAUUACCAUUCAGGAGAAAACCUCGACUUGUCCUGCUUCGCGGACUCUAACCCACCGGCACAGUAUUCUUGGACAGUUAAUGGGAAGUUUCAGCUAUUAGGACAAAAGCUCUCUAUCCCCCAAAUUACUACAAAGCAUAACGGGCUCUAUGUUUGCUCUGUUCGUAACUCAGCCACUGGCAAGGAAAGCUCCACAUCCAUGACAGUCAAAGUCUCUGCUCCUCCAGGAACAGGACGUCUUUCUUUCCUUAAUCCAAUAUAGCAGCCAUGACGUCAUUUCUGUAUUUCAGGAAGACUGGCAGACAGUUGCUUUGAUUCUUCCUCAAAGUAUUUACAAUCGGCUAUAGUCCAAAAUUGCUUUUUCUUCAAGGAGAUUUAUGGAAAAGACUCUGACAAGGACUCUUGAAUACAAUUUCCUGAUAACUUCAAGAUCAUACCACUAGACUAAGAACUUUCAAAAUUUUAAUGAAUGGGCUGAUACCUUCAUGAAAUUCAAGACAAAGAAGAAAAAAACUCAAUUUUAUUGAACUAAAUAAUCAAAACGAUAAUGUUUUCCUAAUUUUCUAUUUGAAAAUGUGCUGAUUCUUUGAAUGUUUUAUUCUCCAGAUUUAUGAACUUUUUUCUUGAGCAAUUAGUAAAGUAUACUUUUGUAAACAAAAAUUGAAACAUUUGCUUUUGCUCUCUAUCUGAGUGCCCCAGAAUUGGGAAACUAUUCAUGAGUAUUCAUAUGUUUAUGGUAAUAAAGUUAUUUGCACAAGUUCA